CUGAACCAUUAAGCCAAUAGAAGGGAUACCAUUAAACUUCUCUAAUUUCUCAAGCAAAAUACAUUAUUGCCAAUGCCACCAUGCCUUUGGCCUACAGAUAGUUAAAGCCACUUGCAUUUAUUACAAGAGAAAAUCAAAGAAAAGGGAAUAUUACAGCAUCCAAAAAAAACAGAAAACCAACAUUACACAAAACCCAAAACCCAAAUAAACGAGAACUAUUGGAUCAGUGGGUCUCGUUUACAAAGAUUGAUGGAAGCUACUCAUCUAAUGGUUCUCCUUUAUUUAUUUGAGAUAUAGAUUUGAAUUAUAUAGUAGUUUUCUUACACAAAACAACAGUGGGAAUUACACAACUUUGACCUUCGGAAUUCAAAUGGGAAUUGCACUAGCAACGGACGGAUAAACCACGGUGGCCGGAUGAGCCAUGAGGCGGCGACCCUUCGUCCGGCGAAAGCAGUACACCAGAGCACCCACCGGCCACUCCACAAUCGCCGUCGCCACAAACGCCAGGAACCCAAGUGUUGGGCCGAACACCUUGCACCGGCAAGGGUUGCUAGUCGUGCCACACUGCACACAUAUCGGAAAUACCAUGACAGUCCGCGUGUGUGUGUGUUUUUAUGUAAUAAUAUUUGGACUUAGUGUAGAAGAAUUGCAGAGAUUUAAGGAGGAAGAAGAUGAAGAAUUGCAGGGCGUUUACCAAACGAAGCAUGAAGAAUGUGGGGGCUAAAAUGUACUUUUAUAGG